GCACGACCACGCAACUCGAAACACAAGUACGCAAACACGGUUGCGUGAAACGUGGCUCGCAAUCGUGAAAUUUACAAGACUUGCUCGACCUGUAGAUUCUUGUAAUAGUAAAUGUAGAAGAAGAAACUAAGAAACACGUCAAGUGAAAUGAUUGGUUAACUUAAGAAUGUUUUGUUAAUUUUUUUGAGAUUUGAGAUUAUUUUCUGGAUCUACGACAUGGUUGUGUAAAAUAUACGUACUUUUUAACUUUAAUACUCACAAUUAAGUAUUAUUAAAAUGCGUUUAGUUGCCAUAGGACUGUUUGUGGUACUUCCGUCACUUGUAUUGUCGGAGUUUUCUACAGAAGAUUGUUGGGCUCUUGGAUUUCACAAAGCAAACUUACUGUGUUCAUCAUGUGAUCAAUUAGUCAAAUUUCAAUUAGAUGAACUUGUAAAUCAUUGUAAAGAAUGCUGUCACCCAGAUGAAGUUAAUUCAUCAGAAAAAGUUUAUUAUAAAGCGGUUCUAGAAGUUUGUACUUGCAAAUUUGGUGCAUAUCCACAAAUCCAAGCCUUUAUCAAAAGUGAUAGACCUGAUAAAUUCCCCAACUUACAAAUUAAAUACCUCAGAGGACUCGAUCCCAUCAUAAAACUGUAUGAUAAGGAUGGACAUCUGCAAGAAACAGUUGCUAUUGAAAAAUGGAACACAGACUCCGUAGAAGAAUUUUUAUCUACACAUUUGAUAAAAUUAGAUGAUGAUGAUUAUUUAAGAACAAAUAUGGUGUAAUAUAUAAUUUUUAAUCUGUA